GCCUUGGGCAAGUUCGAAGAAGAGUGCCUCUGCCAAGGACGCUGCCGCCAAUGCCGUAGCCCCCAUCGACCUCGCUCUCCAGCAGUCCAGCGACGCGCUUUCCAACGCCCCAGCUAAUGUGGCAGCCGAUGUUUCUGCGAACAUUCGAACUGGACCUGACGUCAUUGAGCUGUGCUUUCAGAAGCAGAUGGGUUAUUUUGGCCACGACCUGGACGAGCACGCUGACACAUUCCAGAAGCAUGAUGACGUCCUCUUCGAUUUUCAGUCCCAGGUGCAAGACAUCAAGAGAAAGCUGCCCAACGACCGCUCCUUCAAUCGCGACUUCGGCAUCGCGACCCUCGAAGUCAUCGAGCCCGACCUCGUCCAGAUGGAGAGUGCUGCGCAGUUUCUGGAAGCCUGGAUCACCAGCGCGGACCUCGAGGGCGCGUUUAAG